UCUCGCGAGAGUUCUCAGAAGAGGACGCGGUUGGGUUGGGUUGGGUGAAGGCGCGCGGGUGAUUGUGGGACAGCACAGCGUCGUGAGAGAGGCUGCAGGAGCUGCUGCUGCACGGAGAGGAAACAUGGUGCUGUUACACGUCCUGUUCGAGCAUGCCGCUGGAUACGCUCUCUUUGUAGUUAAGGAAGCUGAGGAGAUUGGCAUGCUGCUGCCUCAGGUGGAGGAGAGUGUUUUGAAUGUUGGCAAAUUCAACAACAUCGUGCAGUUGGUGGCUUUCUCACCGUUCAAAUCCGCCCAGGCAGCCCUGGAUAACAUCAAUGCCAUCUCUGAAGGUGUUUUCCAUGCAGACUUGAAACUGCUGCUGGAGACCAGCCUGCCCCCUUCUGGUAAGAAGCGGAAGGUGGUUCUGGGUGUGGCUGACAGCAGGAUCGGUGCGGCGGCGCAGGAGGAGCUGGGGGUGACCUGUCAGACCGGGGGGGUUGUGGCGGAGAUACUCAGAGGUAUCCGCCUGCACUUCCACGCCCUGGUCAAGGGGCUCACGGCUCAGUCUGCCUCCAAGGCUCAGCUGGGUUUGGGUCACAGCUACUCUCGCGCCAAAGUGAAGUUCAACGUCAACCGAAACGACAACAUGAUCAUCCAGUCCAUCGCCCUGCUGGACCAGCUGGACAAAGACAUCAACACCUUUGCCAUGCGAGUCAGAGAGUGGUACGGAUACCACUUCCCGGAGCUGAUCAAGAUCGCCAGUGAAAACUACACGUACUGCCGCUUGGCGAAGUUAAUUGGGAACCGCAAGGAGCUGUCGGAGGAGAGCCUGGAAGGGCUAGAGGAGGUGGUCAUGGACAGCGCCAAGGCCCAGUCCAUUCUGGAGGCAUCACGCAGCUCCAUGGGCAUGGAUAUCUCCCCCAUUGACCUGAUCAAUAUCGAGAGCUUCUCCACCCGGGUCAUCUCUCUGGCAGAGUAUCGGAAGGAGCUGCAGGAGUAUCUUCGCUCCAAGAUGAGCCAGGUGGCCCCCAACUUGGCCGCCCUCAUCGGGGAAGUGGUUGGCGCUCGGCUCAUCUCCCACGCAGGCAGCCUGACUAACCUGGCGAAGUACCCGGCGUCGACGGUGCAGAUCCUGGGUGCAGAGAAGGCCCUGUUCAGAGCCCUGAAGACAAAGGGAAAUACCCCCAAGUACGGCCUGAUCUUCCAUUCCACGUUCAUAGGCCGAGCCGCGGCCAAGAACAAAGGCCGCAUCUCUCGGUACCUGGCCAACAAGUGCUCCAUCGCCUCCAGGAUAGACUGCUUCUCGGAGGUGCCGACGUGCGUGUACGGGGAUAAGCUGCGUGACCAGGUGGAGGAGCGGCUGUCCUUCUACGAGACCGGAGAGGCGCCCCGCAAGAACAUUGAUGUGAUGAAGGAGGCAGUGGUGGAGGCGAUGGAGGUGGCUACCGAGAUCAAGCGGAAGCUGGAAAAGAAGGAGAAAAAGAGGAGGAAGAAAGAGAAGAGAAAGCAGGAGGCUCUGGCCACUGGUGAGGGCGAGGAGGACCAGGAGCCGGAACUCAAGAAAGCCAAGAGCAAUGGACAGGAGAGUGGAGCGAUCGAGGGGAAGAAGAAAAAGAAGAAGCACGAGCAGGUGGAAGAGGAGUCUGCAGAGAACGGAGUGGAGGAGACAACGACCCCCCUGCCAAAGAAAAAGAAAAAGCGUCCGAGUGAAGCUGCAGUACUGGAGGAGGAGGUGCCUGCUGUGCCGGACACUCCACAGACAGAGAAGAAGAAAAAGAGGAAAGCCAGAGCAGCAGCAGAGGAGGAUUGAUAAACUCCCUGACAUUGCACCAGUUUGGUUCUUAUGGUUACUGUACAGUUUUUUGGCUUAUUUUUAUUAAUGGUAGAUUAAUUCCUGUUAUACCUCCCUUGUGGUCUUGCUUUUUAGGAAAACGGAUUAGAGUUGCAAAGGUGUGAGCAACCAUCCUGCUUCCUUCUAUACUUUUAAGAAUCCUUGCUGCAGAAAUAUAUAAUGGCUCACUUGGAACUGAGCUUGUAAUUAGCAGUGCGCAGACUUGGAAGACUGUGUAUAGCAAGCACUUUCGUGUGAGCUUGUGCCUUUUUAAUUUGUCUUUAUGGUUUGUUUUUUUUAAUAAAAAGCAAGAUUUGAGGGCAAACAGGUUAUUUUGUUUUUACCUGAGCAGUUGCAUGCUGUGCAAACAGUACUGUCAUAAAACUGAAUUAAGCACACCGUGCUUUAUAAUGGUUGUAUUGUCAAAUGUGACGUCCAUGGAUUUUUUUUUAUUUUUUUUUUAUAGCUUAAGCUAAUACAAAACUAGAAAGAUGUGUGGUCUUUGCAACCUUGUAAUCCAGUAUAUAAAUCCUGUAUUAAACCUUCCACCUGGAAACUGGUGAUUUGCCUUGCACUUUGAUGGCUGUUCCUUUGUUUCGCAGUGUAAGCCGGUUCAUUUGUCUCAGUAUGGGGGGUGUUGGCUGCUGUCCUAGUUGGAGUGUAUAGCAGUACAGUGACAUGCACCGCUAGCAGGUAGCAUUGUAAAAUCAAAGUGCUUCAAGCAGAACAGCACAAACGGUGCACACUUAAGGGGUAGUUUAUUUUGACCAGCUUAGGUUUUUAAAUAAAUUUAAAUGCAUGCAACAUUUAUAUUAGUGACCAGAUGUUCUGUCUUGUAAGUUCCUUGUGUUUUUAAGGCUGUCCAUCAGUGCAGUGAAUUCUGUAAAUAAAGUUUCUCAAGUGA